AGAGGGGCGCGCGCUGCACCUGUCAGUCAGCGCGUCACUUCCGCCCGCUGCCGCCGCUACCGUUGGGGACCCCCCGCUCGCGGAGGCGCGCUCGGGCGACGUGAGCGGCUCAGGGCACGGACGGACGGACAGCGCCCGGGGCGGCGGAGCGGCGGCAGGCGGCCAGGGCGGCGGAGGCCGAGGGAGGAGGUCCGCAAGGAGAGCGAAGAGGCCAGGAGAGGCCCGCGCCGGCCCCCGGGGUAGGAAGAGGCGGAGGAACCUGCUGCUGGUGCUGAGGACGGCGGGGAGGGCGAGUCACCCGGCAACGAUUAACUGCUGAAGUACUGAUCGAGUUCUGCUAUUCUUCAAUGAGGAACUACAGGCUGAUCUUUUGCCAUAAUCUUAAACAACCAUAAAUGACAAAAGAAUGCUUGGUCAGUGAGGGCAGCUGGCGCAGAAAACGUUUUUCAAACUCGGCUGUUUAAGUACUCUGAGAAAAGACAGCUUUGAUUUUUGGCUGCAAAAAGAUAUGAGGAAGAGCUCCUCCCCUUCCUUGAGUAACUGCAACUCUGUUCUUGCUAACAAAAUAUUUGGAAUUCCACUUGAUGAGCUGCAGCAAGAAGGGCAACCAGACAAUGAGGUUCCAUUCAUAGUCCGCCAUGUCGUGGACUAUAUUGAGGAACAUGGAGGUCUGGAACAAGAAGGACUUUUUCAAGUCAAUGGGAAUGCUGAGACAGUGGAGUGGCUUCGGCAACGAUAUGAUAAUGGAGAAGAUGUGGACCUGGUUAAAGAAGCAGAUGUACCCUCAGCGAUUAGCCUUCUCAGAUUUUUUCUUCAAGAACUUCCAGAGCCAGUUAUCCCAGGCAGUUUGCACACACACUUAAUGCAACUUUCUCAAGAUUAUAAUAAUGAAGAUGAGUUUGGAAGAAAGCUGAGGUUCCUCUUGCAGCAGCUUCCACCUGUUAAUUACAGUCUGUUGAAGUUUCUGUGUAAAUUUUUAGCUAACGUAGCAUCGCAUCAUGAGGAAAUUUGGUCAGCAAGUUCUUUAGCUGCAGUCUUUGGCCCGGAUGUUUUUCACAUUUACACAGAUGUGGAGGAUCUGAAAGAACAAGAACUGGUUAGCAGAAUAAUGGCAGGACUUCUGGAGAACUACUAUGAAUUCUUUGAAAAUGAAGAGGAAGAUUUUUCAUCUACUAACGAUCUGAGCUCAAUAACUGAGCAGAUCAAUGAUCUCUUGGAAGAGGAAGAGGAUGUAAAGCUAGAGCAGUCUGAAGAACUUCCAGAAGAUGGCACAGAGAAACCUGUUGAAAGGCCAGCUGUGGUGCAUCUAGAUAUGACAGGGAGUCUCUCGGAUUCCAGGAGUGUUACAGCGUCAACAAGUGCUCAUAUCUCUCCCAUAAGUAUCUUGCCAGCCUCUGCAGACAUUUUAGAAAGAACAAUUAGAGCAGCUGUGGAACAGCACCUUUUUGACCUGCAGAGCAGCUUGGAUAAUGAUCUGAAACACAUACAGCAACACAGACUGAGCUGUAACAGCGAAGCAAACAAUCCCAGUGGGGAUGAAGAAGGAUCUAACAACCAGAAUGAUGUUAAUGAAGAUAAUGACACUGGUAGCAGUGAGAAUGCAGGAGACUGCUCUGAAGUUUUGGGUUGCACUGAUGUAGAUGGUGAAGCUAUGAAACGUGAUACUGUAACUGAGGAAGAAGAAAGCAUUCAGGUACCAGCCCUUCCUUCUGCUCAGACUGCAGUCGUGUUAUUGGAGCCCUGUGAUGAAGAUGCAGAUGUUGAUGGAGAAAAUAACAGUGAAGGGCAAAAUAGUUUAUUGCUUGAUGGCAAUGACAGAAUAUCUCCAGAGAUAUUGCUGGAUUCAAGUAGCAAGACUUGUGAUCUUAAUGCAAACACUGAUUCAGAGGUGUUGGAGGAUGGCAGUGUUAAUGUUUCUGAGGAAGCCCUGGGUGUCCAAGUGCCACGUCUAGAUCUGAAGAAUGUAUCUGAUGGUGACAAAUGGGAAGCGCCAUGCCCUAUCACUUUCCCCCUCAUUGAUUUCAAAACAAUGCAUCUGCAGAGAGAAGGGGAGGAUCCGUUUCCUGCUUUCAAAUCUUGGCAGGAGGACAGUGAGUCUGGAGAAGCUCAGCUUUCCCCGCAGGCUGGGAGGAUGACUAAUCAUCCGCUGGAAGAGGACUGUCACCCGAUACUGUCGCAUCGUAGCCUGGACUUUGGGCAAAGCCAGCGGUUCUUACACGAUCCAGAAACCUUAGAUUCUUCAUCCAAAGCACUUUCUUUUGUUAGAACACGAAGGUCAUCCUUUAGCUCAAAAGAUGACAAAAGGGAAGACAGGACACCUUACCAGCUUGUCAAGAAAUUACAGAAAAAGAUAAAGCAGUUUGAAGAACAAUUUGAAAAAGAGAAAAACAGUAAGCCCUCCUACAGCGAUAUUGCAGCCAAUCCAAAGGUUUUAAAAUGGAUGACUGAACUUACCAAACUGAGAAAGCAAAUCAAAGAUGCAAAACAGAGGAGCUCAGAUGGAGAAUUCAUACCUCAGCCACGUCCACGAAGUAACACUCUUCCAAAAAGCUUUGGUUCCUCCCUUGACCAAGAGGAUGAAAAAAAUGGAGACGAGAUGAGUGUUGUGCAGAAAGAGAAGAAGCCCACCAAGGAAGCCACCCUGGAACUCAUUUUGAAGAGAUUAAAGGAAAAACGAGUUGAGAGAUGUCUGCCAGAAGACAUAAAAAAAAUGACAAAGGACCAUUUGGUAGAAGAGAAAACAUCUCUCCAGAAAAGCCUCCUCUAUUAUGAAAGUCAGCAUGGACGGCCGGUUACUAGAGAAGAAAGACAUAUUGUGAAGCCACUUUAUGACAGAUACAGACUUGUAAAACAAAUGUUAACUAGAGCAAGCAUUACUCCUAUUCUUGGGUCACCAUCAACCAAGAGGCGGGGGCAGAUGUUGCAGCCCAUUAUUGAAGGGGAAACUGCCCACUUCUUUGAAGAAAUUAAGGAAGAGGAGGAAGAAAGUGAUGGUUUGUCUGCAGACCUGAAUGAUAUCUUAAAAGCUGCUGCCCAAACCCAGCCUGUUUUAAGCCCAGUUGAAAACUCUGAGUCUGAUGUUGAAGAUGGUCAAGAGAAACUGACCCGAGACCUGAGGCUGUCAAGCACCCGGGCUGCUUCUAUGCCUGAAUUGUUAGAGCAGCUGUGGAAAGCCAGAGCUGAAAAGAAGCAGCUACGUAAGACACUGCGAGAGUUUGAAGAGGAGUUCUAUCAGCAGAAUGGAAGGAAUGUUCAGAAAGAAGAUCGAGUUCCCAUGCUGGACGAGUACAGGGAGUACAAGAAAAUCAAAGCCAAGCUGAGGCUGUUGGAAGUCCUGAUCAGCAAACAGGAUUCUUCAAAGUCAAUUUAAAUUCUGUUCCUCCAACCCAUUGAAUCACCUGAUGUUUCCAUAUGCUACCACUGUACUUACCGGGUGCUUGUGUUCAUUUGUCAUGCACUGUGGAAAGAAUCCAGCUUGUGCACUUUAUUGUGGUGCCACUAGAACACGUUUGCAGGGUGAGUGGGUCCUGUCUAGAGAGCAGGUGAUACUUCCAAGCUUGAGACUGCUCUGUCCAACUUUAGCAAACACAGUUUCCAUCAGAGCCUUGUCUUACAGAUGCAUCCAUCUUGUUCCAAAACAACCAUAGCUUUGAUUUUAGGUAUUUUUGGUUUUUCUUUUAGCAUUCAAGUACUUUGAGACUUUUGUUCUUAACCACCUUGUUGCAUUGUUGAAGAAGUGAUCAAUACCAUAAUGCUUCACUGAACUACUCCUCUGGCCUAGGGUCUUUUUAUUACGGAGGGCAAAACAAAGAGGCAAAUGUAAACGUGCAGCUCUUUUCCCUGGAACACUCUAAAACCAGACUGAAAUUCCUUUCAAAAGACUGCUGUGGAACAACUGGUAGGGGUUUUUUUUGGCAUUCUAAAUUGCAUCUGUUACACAGUAAUCAUUACCACCUCUGGAUUUUGCUCAGUAGUGGUCACUCUUGCUCCUUGAUAAAGAUGCCGGUGGACAAAGCAGAAAGUGACCUUGCUUUUAGUGUCUUUUAAAACUGGGAAAGAACCUGCAGAGUUCUAUCACAUGCUGCCUACAGGACUUGUGUUACUGUUGCUCAUUUUCUCAUGGUCUGGGUUGUUGUUCAUCAGCUAGUGGUGACAUAGUGUUUUGUCUGAAUCGAUGCUGCAUCUCCGCUUGAGGAAGAGCUGAGGAACGUAAGGAGCGUUUCGGUGCGCGAUGGCACUCGGCCUUGUGCAAGCUCCAGCUAAAAAGAGCUGGCUUAGGACAGUUGCAAUUCCACUGUACCUGAAGUAAGUGUGGUAUCAAGGGCUAAAAUCAGUGUAGUUCAUGUGCACCACAGGGUGGAAAAAAGAAUAAAUUACUGCUGUUUAUCAACGGUUUUGUUUUACAGUUGGAGAAUAAAAAAUGUUACCUAACUCUUACGAUGUAAGCAAAACAGUUUAUGGGCCUUGCAUGAUUUAGCUUCAGAGUUGAAACAAAUGUUUUGAGUAUCACAUCUGCUGUGCUGAAUGAUGAUUUAGCUCCUAGCUUUAUGCUCUGCAACAGCCAUCAGCAGCUGGGUUUGAUCUGGCAGAACUCUGUAACUGUUCAUUUGAACUGGUGCUUUCUCCGGGUUUUGGGUUUAGUUUCGUUUUGUUUUCUCUUCGGUGUAUCAGUUUGUGGCCACGUUUUGCAUGCACUGCUCUCCCUGCAUGUUUGGGUGACUGGCGAAUGGCAGCGUAGCAAUGAUUCCCACUGCUCUGUGAAAGACCAAAACCGAACUUCUCCUUCGGCGGCGCUAAGAAACGGCUGGCAUGUAACCUCCUAGACUCGCUCUGCUCUCUUGAAGCAUAUGAAAUAGGUUGGAAGUAGGCUUCGUAGUGCUCAGAUUCCAUCUGUGUACUGUAGAGUACUUCUUGAUUUAUUUUACUCUGCUCGUAGGCGUUGUCCUUUUGGACUUGAGAACAAAAAAAGCACUAAAACUCUCGAGCACUGGUGGUAUGCCUUCUCUUUUUUUUUUCCCUCCUUCUUUCUCCUUUCCUUUUUUUAACUGCAAGAUGACCUGGGACCUUAGAGAACGAUGAGGUUAACCUAGUCUUGAGACCAUUUCUCAGUUUGACUCAGUUCCAUUGUGCAAUGUCCACUUCAGCUACUUUUCUCUCAGUCUGCAGACACGGGUGUAUCCAAACAUUGAAACUGAUGUGUACUGUAUAGUGUUGUACAUGAAUGUUUGUGUUUUAUAUACCACAUGCAAAAUGUCAAUAUGCACUAUUUAAAUGUUUUAAAUAAUAUAUUCCUCCUUUAUAAUGCUUAAAUCUAUAUGAUUCCAAUAUUUUUAUAAGUGAGUGAGUGAUCAGACUGGUUCCAAUUCAGAAUUAACAGCUGCUUCGUGUUCGUUAUGCAGUGUUUGGCUGUUUAUUCAGUAUAGUAGAUAAUAAGCAUGGCAACAGUUAUGCUGAGUGUGGUUUUGUGCCAUCCUUGUUGAGCAAUAAAUAAAUGGUAGAACUAGGCAUUUUGUGAUAUAACAGUUUUACUUUGGGAAAAGCAAGCCCUAUAUAUCUCAGUGGAUAUAUAGAUAUGGAGUAUAUAUAACUAAACCAGAUAUAAUUGCAUUGCUAUGUCUGGGGCUCAUUGUAUAGACUUUUAUAAUAAAAGUACCUUAACCUUUAUUGUCAUA